UCAACAAGUCACUCCAUUUGUGUCCUAGACAGUACCCAAAGCAUUACUAUGGCCAAACAAAAUAAGUUCUCAGUCCUCACAUCAACCACUCUUUUGGUCAUUAUAGUUUCUAUUUCGGAAAUGCUUUGUAGCCCUCUUGAAGAGCAACAAUUGUUAAAGCAACAUGAGGAGUGGAUGGCAAUCCAUGGGCGCAUCUACAAGGAUGCGAUCGAAAAGGCCAAACGGCUUGAGAUAUUUAAAGAGAACGUUAAGCGCAUCAACGCCUUUAAUAAUGGUAAGGAUGUGGGAUAUAAACUAGCUGUGAACAAGUUCACAGACCUAACUAACGAGGAGUUCCGUGCUUCCUCCACCGGCUACAAGAGGCCUACAAGGGUCCUGUCCUCUGGGGAUGAAAAACCGUUCAAGUAUGCGAACUUCACCGCCAUUCCAGCUGCCUUAGACUGGCGAACCAAGAAGGCUGUGACAACUGUCAAGGAUCAAGGCGACUGUGGAAGUUGUUGGGCAUUCUCGGCAGUGGCAGCUAUGGAAGGGAUUACCAUGAUCAAGAAGGGGAAGUUGGUGCCACUCUCAGUACAAGAACUCGUGGAUUGUGACGUUGACGAUAAUGGCUGCCAUGGCUGGCUCAUGGACAGGGCCUUCAAGUUUAUCAAGAGCAAGGGCGGACUCUCGACCGAGGCGAACUACCCCUACCAGGCAAAUAACGGAACCUGCAAUACGGCCAAGAUGGCAAACCCCGCGGCCUCAAUAACUGGAUACCAGGAUGUGCCGGCCAAUAACGAAAAGGCCCUCUUGCAGGCCGUGGCAAACCAGCCAGUCUCGGUGGCAAUUGAGGGGAGCGGGUUCAAUUUCCAAUUCUACUCAAGCGGUGUGUUCUCUGGCUCGUGUGGAACCAGUAUCGACCACGCCGUCACGGCGGUCGGGUAUGGGAAGACCUCCAGGGGAACCAAGUAUUGGCUGCUGAAGAAUUCAUGGGGCACUGGAUGGGGUGAGAGCGGGUACAUGAGGAUCCAGAGGGACGUGAGUUCUAAGGCUGGUCUCUGUGGCCUUGCCAUGGAAGCUUCUUAUCCAACCGCAUGAAGAAAGAAGAAGAAGAAAAAAAUACAGUAUGAGCUUAUAUAUGUGAUACUGGUUCUUAGGCUCUCUAUAUGUAUGAAAUAAUGUCGAGUGUAAGUGACAAUACGUCACUAGGGGUGGUGUAUCCUCCAAAGGAAACUGCAUGUUCUUAGCAAAAUUAGGGCCUGCCAACUAAACUCGGUUUCAAGAGUUUGAAUAAUUGUGUGGGACAAGAUAAAGAACUUAGUCCCGUGAAUGAAUGGAAUACUUUCAUCAACGUGAUUUUAAGUACUGAAUUGGGCCCAA